UUCUCGAUCUCAAAGAUUGUCUCUCUCAUAAUUUUUUGGCCAUAUUUUCCAUAUUGAUAUUCAAUAUUGAAUUCAGCACACGAUAAUGUGGCCAUUGUGGACAUCAUAAAAAUCCAAUGAUCAUAAACAUGAAUGGUUCAUUCGUUCAUUUGGUUUGUUUGGUCCACACAACUUUGACAGUGACCAAUUGUGAAUAAAUCAUCGCCAUCAAAAAAACGAGACGAAACGAUGAAAUAUUUUAUGUUAACGACGAUAUUGGCUGCCAUCCUAGCCAUAGCAAAUGGUCAACAUGCAUUGAGCCAAGCUGGCCAAGGUCAAUACUAUACACCACCAACGCCAUCAACUUCGGCUACAUUGGGCCAAGCAUAUAAUCUAUCGCCACAACAAUUGAGUCAACCAAUCCGAGUGUAUGGUUCGGCGCCCACUGCCGGUUAUUCACCCGCUUCUGCUGCUGCUGCUUCUGUUGGUCAAUAUAGCCAGUAUUCGGCUCAACCGCAAGCUCAGUAUUCGGCUCAACCGCAAGCUCAGUAUUCGGCUCAACCGCAAGCUCAGUAUUCGGCUCAACCGCAAGCUCAGUAUUCGGCGCAACCACAAGCCCAAUACCAAGCUCAACCGCAAGUUCAAGCGGCCUCGGCCAUUCCUUCCAAUUAUGGUUGGCAAGUUCAACAUCAAACAUUGCAACCACAACCGCAACCACAACCACAAGCUUUAGCAGCUGCUCCAGCACAAGCUCCACAAUACGCUUCCGGUGUUGCACCUGCUACUAAUGCUGCACUUCAACGAUAUGCUGUUGCUGCUCCAACCACUCCAUUACAUCGUCCAGCUUCGGUCCAUUAUGCUCAGAUUGGCGAAAAUCUAGCAGGUGAUUAUCGAUUUGGUUAUCGAACUGGUGAUGGCAAUAGUUUCCGUGAAGAAUCGCGAUUGCCCGAUGGCACUGUGCAAGGUCAAUAUGGAUUCGUCGAUGCUGAUGGCAAACAACGUGUAGUCAAAUAUCAAGCUGGUGUCGGUGGUUUUCAAGUUUUGGGUGGCGAUGGUGCCGCACCUGCUGCUGCUGCUGUUCAUUCGGCCCCAGUUGCUCGAAGUGCUUCACCACCAGUUGCUGUUCAUCAGCCUGCCGCUGUUUCACUUGGCCAAUAUUCUUCACCAUCGAUUCCACAACAACAUACGACCACAUUACAAUUGGGUGCUGGUGGCGCCCGAUUUGCUUCGCCUGUUGCUGCUUCAGCAUCACCAGCCGUUCCAACACAACACAUGACCACAUUGCAAUUAGGUCCUGGUGGUGCCCAAUUUGCUUCACCUUCAGCUGCCGCUGCUGGCCAUCAGAAUACGUUGACCAUUCGACCAAUUGCUGCCAUUGCCGUACGUGCUGGUCAAUCCGCUGGUCCUGUUCAUCAAUCGUAUGGACAACCUGCAGCUGCCGUUGCACAACCACAAACCUGGGGUUCGCAUUUGGGUUAAAUUGAUAGGAUUGAGUGCCACAUAUACAGAUAAACAUUGUUUGAAUGCAUUUUUUGUCCAUAUAUUUUCUCUGCAUAGAAAAAACAUUUCUCAUGUCUGUUCAUUUUGAUUAAAUAUUUACAAUUCAAUUAA